CAGAGUGCAGUUUUUGUAUACUUGCACUUUGCAAGGAAAGAAAAAUGGCAUUCCUGGCGCUCCUGGUGUGCAGCCUGCUGGUAGCCUCAUCAUAUUCACAGAACAGCUGGCCAAACUUUGGAGGUUAUGGUGGUGGAAGACCUGGAGGAGGAUAUGGUGGUGGAACCUCUGGAGGAGGUGGAGGACACAGCGGUGGAAACUCUGGAGGUGUUGGAGGAUACAAUGGUGGAAACCCUGGAGGGAACACCGGAGGAGGCUCUAAUACUGGAAAAUGUACAUGCAAACUGAGUUGUGUAGAUAAACUAGUCAAGAGCGAUACCGCCAAGUGCGAUGCCGGAUAUACUGCCAUGUCUUGUUCCUGUGGAUCGGGUUGUGGAUCAUACAACUUCAAGGGCUCCGACGUGUGUUUCUGUCAAUGCAAAAACAUAGAUUGGACAAGUGCCCGCUGCUGCAAGAUGGUCUAAUAAUGUCACCCGGGUGUCACCUUUAUUUCGCUGUUUAACACAUUAAUUCAUUUUUGCUAACAAUAAAAUACAUUUUAGAAAAUA